AUGGAUCCGGGCCUGGCCCUCCUGCUGGUCCUGGCCCUGGGCCUCCUCGCAGCCUUCCCGGACAAGCUGACCGUCGCCCCAACGGCGCUGGUGCCCGGGCAGGACCGGGAGGUGGCCUGCACGGCCCACGAGGUCUGGCCUCCGCACCUCUCCUUCGCCCUGCUCCUGGGGCACCAGGAACUGAAGGGCGCCCAGGCCCUGGACCCCGAGGUGGAGGAGGCGGCGUCCCGGGAGGACGAGGACCCGCUGCUCCGGGUGACCCAGCGCUGGCGGCUGCCCCCCCUGGGGACCCGGGCCCCGCCCGCCCUCUACUGCCAGGUCACCAUGAGGCUGCCCGGCCUCCAGCGAAGCUAUCAGCGGGCCAUUCCAGUUCUGCACAGCCCAACCUCCCUGGAGCCCCUGGAGACGGCCUCCCCGGACUGGACCUCCCAAGAGCCCCCCAAAACAGCCUCCCCGGAGCCCCCCACCACGGCCUCCCAGGCACCUCCGGACACAACCUCCCCGCAGACCAGCCCAUACCAGGGCCCCACCUGGACUCCCUGUCCUGAGAUCCCCCAGGCUAGGCCUACAGGGGGAGGAGUGAUCCUUGAAAGCU